UUUUUUUGCGUGCUGUCGGUGCUCAACAAGGGGACCGUUAGAUAGGGGCCCGACAACCCAACAGAAACCCUCGGAAAGCUCCUCCUUCCUUCAUGCUCGAUACUCUUCUUUGGGGUUCCGAUCAUUCACGGCAUAAUUUCGGCGAAAUUGGCACAAGGAAGUUGUAGUCGAGGUCGGAAACUCCCGAUUACUGUCUCGGAGGAGUCAAUUUCACCAAUUACUGACGUUAACCUUGCAUUAUUUGCAUACUGUUCGUCCGUGAGGAGCACAGUGGCAAAGGUCGUGCGAAGAACAGUGAAAAGCAUGAGCUUUGUCAGGAUUGAUUCGCGAAAAGAGUGUUGUCUGUCACCGGAGGACAGAGAUUCUCGACUUGGGUCUUUGUCAGGGGGGCCCUCCAGUGCUCUGUUCUGCUUCCGGAUGAAGCUUUAAGAACCGCGUUAACCACUGAUUUGGAGAGGCAUCGGCAGUGAGGUAUCAUUGUCAGCCUUCCCUCUCGAUUACUGCUUCUCGGUUGCAAAAGUUUGUUGAUUUUCUUCCUCAUCUUCUCACUGAGAGCUCACCUGGUUAUCCGGUGUCCUUGCUUCCUGAGUAAAAGCCCUGGCAAUGUAGCGCCAUUUUGCAUUGGUUUGUUCUUCAUUUUCUGCCUUGUCUGUUAUCCUUCCGGGAUUGGCCUUGUUAUCUGGUGUUCUUCCUGCUCAGUUAAUAGAGUAUCCGUGUAGCUGUGUUAUGCAGCGUGGCCUAUUUUUCUUCCUUGUCUGCUCACUCACUUUGAAUGCUUGUUAUCUGGUCAGAUGUUUCGAGAGUUUCAGAAUGGCACCGCACGUGUUUAAAAAUGUCUGUGACAUAAUUCGGUUGCGUUAUACUAGGAAUGGUAUUACGGUCCAUGAGAUGCUCGGAAUGUUCUUAUUGGUUAUUUCAUACGGUACGCUGUAUGCAAUAGUGACGGAAAUGAUCCGGUAUUCGAAGGAGACGGUGUCCCGAGCAUUUAAAAAACUUCUUCCAGGAAUACAAGAAUUAUCACACGUUUUUAUAACACAGAGGAACGUUGUUGUAAAGUCGAAAAUUGAAAAUGAUCAAAGGUGGCGUUACUUUCAGGCGAACAUAGUACCUUAUCAUGAUCGGAAUGCUAAGAUAUCACAAAAUGUACUGGUCGCUUAUUCACGCGACAUGAUGUUUACAUAUUUCAUGACGGGUUGUGAGGGUUCCGUACACGAUUCAAGAAUAUUUUUUGAAACUGCGACAUUAGAAUUAUUUCCAGCGUCGCGUGGUGGGUUUUCAAAUAUAUCGGGAUAUUUGGCUCCGUACAAGGGGGAACGGUAUCACCGAAGUAAUUUUCCUCAGCACAAUCUGCCAACAUUAAAGAAAGAGCUGUUCAAUCAGCGCCACGCGUCAGUGCGUAAUGUAAUUAAAAGUUGCUUCAGUAUUUUGAAGAGAAGAUUCGUCAUACUAAGAUUAAUGACGAACUUCUAACAUUAUACACAAGGACAAAUUGUCUUUGUCUAUUUUGUUUUGCAUAAAUUUAUGCUGCAUAAUAAUUACCACGAUAGAUUAUUUGUGGAGUACGGCGAUGUGUGGGCGAAUUACGAUGAAUUUCGAAAUUCAUCACAACAAGAAGGAAUUAGAAUUGAUGUGGAUAUGAGUAGCGCCGAAAUGAAUGUUGUACGCGACCGUAUCGCUAAUUGGUUAUGACGUGCAGAGAGAGAAGGACGAUAACAUGCACUGAGGUGUUUGUAUUUGAAUUUAAUAAUAAUUGUUCUACUUUGAUAUUGAUUUUGUCAAA